GUCGGCCCGACGCCCAAUGGGCAGCCGGAUCCCACUUUGGAAUUGACCAAUGGGCGGCUAGUCUGGCCCCCUGACCCGCUCCCUUCGCCCAUUAAUCGGAAAGCAACGCAGCAUCCUCAGUGUUUAGUUCUUGUAGCAACGGAGUUAACUGGUGUCCUGCAGGGUUGGCUUUUGGGAGGGUUUUCUUCUAUUCUCUACUGUCCUUAGGCCUCCCUUCGUGGAGUGUCCGAGAGCAGUAGAAGAAGAAAGGAUCGUGUGCGUCUUCUCCUUUUCUCUCUCUCUCUCUCUCUCUCUCUCUCACUCUCUCUCUCUGUCUCUCUCUCUCUCUCAAAGUGAAGUGAGUCUAUUGAGUGCCCCUUGUUGCCUUUUGCACCUCCUCCUCCAUCUCUCUCUCUCUCUCUCUCUCCUUCCUCGUACUUCCCAAGGAUUACUGCCACUUUCAGUUGGCAACCCUCCUCUCACCCCCUCCUCCUCUCCUCCUGUCCUCCUUAGCUCUUGAUACCCUGUGCGGCAGCCGAUACCCCGAUCAGUCAGUGCUCCUUCACUCCUGAAGCCCCGUCCAACUGUCGCCGGCGUGAGUGUAUUGCCAGUGCCGUCGCAGCCUAGUGUCAGUAAACGAGAAACCUCGGGAUAUUCUUUGAAUCAGUGCUAAUGCCUGUAGCACAAUACAACACCUACCUGUCACCAGGUGCUCCUCAUCCCACCUACAGGAGCUACGACGCCGAUAGAGGCAUGGGGCCCCCUGCUGUGACCCUCAGCAGUGGGGUCCCACUACCCGCACGCCCUCAAGGUCCUCCUCCUCCUCCUCAGCCACGCCCUAUAGCAUCCCCCAUGAAUUCCGCUGCUGUGAGCGUGCCGACUUUUACUCUGCCUCCUUCAGGAAUCCCCUACACGGGGCCUUUUCCCGUCCACCAGAACGUGGUGCCCAGCCCCGGCAGUUACCACGGGUUACAUACCCAGGGGCCCGCUGCUCAGAGUUCGACCCCCUUGCCCAGCAGCAGGCAGCAGGGCUCGCGCGCCCCCGUAGAAAGUCAUACCCCGAGUGGAUGUCCCGUCGGAUACCCAGCUGGUAUGGGUUACCCCUCGUCACAUCCGCCGCAGCACCAGUUAUCGCCCCCUCAGGUAAUGGACCCCCGUGAGCACUACAUGGGCUCUCGAAGUCACAGUUACCCGGGGCAACAACAACAACAGUACCCCCAGCUCUUCAGGGCGCCGCCCGAGGAGAGCUCCAGAUACCACCACGCCCACCAGCAUCUUCAGCAGCAGCAGCAGCCCCAAUACCACCAGCAGCAGCACCACCAUCCGAACCAAAGCCACCACCACCAGCAGCAGCAGCAGCAUCUCAGAUCGGUGGCGGAGCGCCCGUUGCCAUCGUCGGGGGACCUCCACACGAUAUUCGAGGAAGGCUCCGAGGGGCACGGAGGCAAGUAUGGCAUCGGCGGCGGCGGUCACAGCAACUCGUACCUUCAAAUUUCGACUUCGGAAGUGGGCCCUUAUCAUUCUGCAGGUCAGACGGGCCUGACUUCUCUCACUUCUACUGCUUCUGCUGCAGAAGUUCAGGAUCGCCACGCCCCUCCGCAGCCUCCUUCAGCUGCUGCUUCUGCUGCUCCUUCCCAGAUACUCCAGCAGCCCAAGACGGAGCCCCCAGAGUGGUGGUACGACACCGACGUUCUCGACCGCUUGGAGCAGAUCCGGCUCCACUCCGACAGCAAUCCCCCGGCCACUUCGACGACUUCGAGGGACCGGACGACGACGCGACGCAGAAGAAGGUAACUCUUACAUAGGCGUCCCUUGGACCUC